GGCGGAAGUGCCUAGUCUGGGACUAAGCUGGCGCUAACGAGUUCCGGUCCAGUUCUCCUACCUCAAGCUCCAGCGUAGACGGCGUCCGGGCCGAGCCCAGCUGAUCAGGAUGAUCACGGACGUGCAGCUCGCCAUCUUCGCCAACAUGCUGGGCGUGUCGCUCUUCUUGCUUGUCGUUCUCUAUCACUACGUUGCCGUCAACAAUCCCAAGAAGCAGGAAUGAAAGUGGCGCUUUCUCCGCCCCAGGGAAGCUGUUUCAUCAACUGUAUCCCAGUUUCCACUCAACCUGUGAAUUAUCCCUGAGGCUUUGUAGAUUGCAACACGACCGCUUCCCUCUUUGGACUGGCCAUCUCUGCGGUCUCGGGCAUACAUGUUCUUCUCUGAGAAAUUGCAGCCCUGGAAGUCGAAGUGGGCUGAAUUCAAGGAGAUGAGCUUUGGAUAUAGCAUGUUUUCCACCUGUUUGGGGGAGGACAAAGACAACUCAGAAGAAGACACAGAAAGAAGGGACAAGGGGUAAGGAAGAGAUGUCAAGCAUGGGCCAUGUGACUCAAUACACAGCCAUCACAACCAUCAGGAGUAAAGGUUUCUUGAAUUCUCA